CCAGGCUCCCUCAAAGGGCUCUGGGAACUACACUUCCCGGGGAGAAAAAGGCUCCAGCGGGCCGCGUGUUGCGGGGGCGUCGCACUGUCCGCAGACCCAUCCAGACUUGCAGAGUGGUAGAGAGGCAGGCCGGAAGGGGUGUCUUUUUCCUUCACUCUGCGAUCUGGCAGUGCCAAUCCCGUCUUAACCUCGCCCCACUGCCGUGCGCUCCCUGCCCGGCUCCCCGCGCCUGCUUUUCCUGGGCGCCUCAAGGAGUUGGGGCCUGGAGGUUCGAAGGUAACGGCAGCUGCUUGCCGCGGGAGCGAGGGGCGCGCCCCUCUUCAGCCCAGCAAACCCUGCUCCCGGUCCUUGCCUCCAUGGGCCCAACUCAGAAACCCAACGUGUGCCGCCAGCUGAGUCGCCGGGCGCUGGGCUUCUUCUCGCGGGAUGCUGGCGUGGUGCAGAGGACGAACCUGGGCAUCCUGCGGGCGCUGGUGUGCCAGGAAAGUACUAAAUUUAAGAAUGUUUGGACAACUCAUUCCAAGUCACCUAUAGCCUAUGAGAGAGGAAGAAUAUAUUUUGACAAUUAUCGGUGCUGUGUCAGCAGUGUUGCAUCAGAGCCAAGAAAACUUUAUGAAAUGCCAAAAUGUUCCAAAUCAGAAAAAAUAGAGGAUGCCUUAUUAUGGGAAUGCCCAGUGGGGGAAAUACUUCCCAAUCCAUCAGAUUAUAAAUCCUCACUCAUAGCACUGACUGCUCAUAAUUGGCUAUUUCGCAUAUCAGCAACUACUGGAAAAGUCCUUGAGAAGAUAUAUCUUGCUUCCUAUUGCAAAUUCAGAUACUUGAGCUGGGACACUCCUCAAGAAGUCAUUGCAGUCAAGUCGGCUCAAAACAAAUGCUCAGCAUUGGCCCGGCAGGCAGGCAUUCAACAACCUGUUUUGCUGUAUCUUGCAGUGUUCCAUGUUUUACCUUUUUCACUCAUAGGGAUUCUGGAGAUCAACAAGAAGAUUUUCGGGAACGUUACAGAUGCUACCUUGUCUCAUGGGAUACUGAUUGUGAUGUACAGCUCAGGACUGGUCAGACUCUAUAGCUUCCAAGCCAUCAUUGAACAGUUCAUGCAACAGAAACUUGACUUAGGGUGUGCAUGCAGAUGGGGUGGGACUGCUGGAACUGUAGGAGAGGCUCCCUUUGGCAUUCCUUGUAAUAUUAAAAUCACAGACUCACCACCACUGCUCUUUGAGGUGUCCUCCCUGGAGAACGCUUUCCAGAUUGGAGGCCAUCCUUGGCACUACAUCAUCACACCUAAUAAGAAGAAACAGAAAGGAGUUUUCCAUAUUUGUGCCUUGAAAGAUAAUUCCUUGGCAAAAAAUGGGAUCCAAGAAAUGGAAUGUUGUUCUCUAGAAUCUGACUGGAUCUAUUUUCAUCCUGAUGCGUCUGGUAGAAUAAUACAUGUUGGCCCAAAUCAGGUCAAAGUUUUAAAGCUAAACGAAGUAGAAGAUAAUAGUGCCCAGUAUCAGAUCUCUGAAGACUUUGUCAUUUUGGCCAACAGGGAGAAGAACAAGAAUGAAAAUUUAUUCACUGUUACAGCUUCUGGACGGGUGGUGAAAAAAAAUGUUAAUCUUCUGGAUGAUGACCCAGAACAAGAGACUUUUAAAAUUGUGGACUACGAAGAUGAGCUGGAUUUGCUUUCUGUGGUAGCUGUUACCCAAAUAGAUGCCGAAGGAAAAGCUCACCUGGAUUUCCACUGUAACGAAUAUGGAACUUUACUUAAAAGCAUUCCACUAGUGGAGUCAUGGGAUGUGACAUACAGCCAUGAAGUCUACUUUGACAGAGACUUGGUGCUACACAUAGAACAGAAACCCAGCAGGGUCUUCAGCUGCUAUGUUUACCAGAUGGUAUGUGACCCUGGCGAAGAAGAAACAACAAACAGAAGUUGUGAAAAAGAGUGAGAUAAUUUUUAAAUUUGAGAUGUAAUUUAUGAGACUUUUGGCCACAUAUCCAAGCAACUAUGUUCAGUCCUCCUCUUUGUUAUCUGCAUAGCAAAUUCUCCAGUAUUUUUUAGAAAAAAAAUCUUGUGCUGACUUCAUA